UCAUUGCGCUCCAAACCAAACGGAAAAGAAAAAGCGCUUAGAGAGAAACAGGAAGUGCCACUUCACACGUCGUUUAGCCAAAAUGAGCUCAGAAAAAUAUCCUCGCUCCUCUAUUGAGGAUGAUUUUAAUUAUGGCACGAAUGUUGCGACGGCGAGUGUCCAGAUCCGCAUGGAUUUCCUACGCAAAGUGUACACAAUCCUGUCAGUGCAGAUCAUCCUGACCACAGCUUUGUCUGCCCUCUUUAUGUUCUGCGAGCCCAUCAAAAACUUUGUACAUUCAAGUCCCUCCCUGGUCUUACUGUCUGCAGUUGGAUCUCUGUUACUGAUCAUUGCCCUGGCUAUUUAUCGCCACCAGCAUCCCAUCAACCUCUACUUACUGCUGGGAUUCACUGUGUUGGAGGCCGUGUCUGUCGGUACCACUGUGACAUUUUAUGAAUACUCGGUGGUAUUCCAGGCCUUCGUGCUCACAUCGGCCGUCUUUGUUGGCCUGACUGCCUACACACUGCAGUCCAAACGGGACUUCAGCAAGCUCGGAGCUGGGCUGUUUGCUGGCCUGUGGAUUCUAGUCAUUGCCGGUUUUAUGAGGAUUUUCUUCCACAAUGACACGCUAGAGCUUGUGUGUGCCGGCGCCGGCGCUCUGCUCUUCUGCGGCUUCAUCAUCUACGACACGCACAUUCUGAUGCGCAAGCUGUCACCCGAGGAGCACAUACUGGCCUCCAUCAACCUCUACCUGGACAUAGUCAACCUCUUCCUGCACAUCCUGCGCAUCCUCGACUCCAUGAAGAAGAACUGAGAGGAGAACCUGCAUGCUCUUCUGUCUGUAAGCUGAUGCAGGCGAUUCCUGGGUUGCAGUGGUGUUAGUAAAAAUGAUAAAGUACAUCCAUUAAAUCUUUGUGUAUUGUUUCUUUAGGCCCAUGUGCUGAACAUGCUCGUGAUUUUUCGGUCAAAAAGAUUGCCAGUUUAUUAGGCACACCUUCCUUAGUCUCACUGGCCAUUUAACAUUAGUUAACUAUAUACAUGUAUAUAUAUAUAUGUAAGGGAUUCCACUGAAAAUGUUCAGCUAAAAAUGGCACUUUUUUGGUCCAAAAGACAAAAUAUUUAACAGAAAAAAAUUAAAUAGAUCUGCGAUAAAUUGUCAUAUCUAAUACUUUACAAAUGGUAAUGAUUAACCAGUUCACCCUGUCCUCCGUGUCCUCCCUGUACCCAGUGCAAUGUCAAGGGACCACCACAGGACAGAUUUUAUUUGGGUGUUGUCAGUAAUUGUAUAUCAAAAUGUCCGAAAUGGUGCAUGAGGGCAGGUGUACCUAAUAAACUGGCACCCAGUGUAAGUGCAUGUCAUCUUGAGACUUCUUUAUAUUUUUCAGUUGAUCAUUCUGUUUAAAAGGGGUGUGACCAUAGGAUGAUUUGGAUUGAUGAAUCCAUUUAAAAGCCAACGAUUGAAAUUAAUCAAGGGAACAAUUGUGAAUUGAUUAUUAUCGAUUCUAGUUUAUUAUAAAUCAAUACUUACUGAUCAAGGACAGACAGCUAGUGAGUAAAAAAUAAUUUCAAUAAUAAUCAUCUGCGAAUGAACAGCAUCCCAGAUUCUGAACAAAUUUGGCCUUAUAAUGAUCAGAGGCUAUAUAUUAUCAUAACAGAUUCAGUGGUAUCAUCACAUAUCUAAUCAUUGCCUUAAGAAUGGAAAUUGUAUUAUGUGGAAGCCUGAGGUUUACCCCCCUACUUUUUACACAGAAUGAAAUUACGUGUAUAAAUUACUUUUUUUGGAUUUUAUCUUGAAAACAAGCUUAACUCCUCUUGCACACUUCAUUCAAAGAGGCUUUAUUGGUAUGACUGGAUGUUGCAAUUCCACUCGGACAAAUACGCUAACACUUUAAUCUCGCUUCAGAUCAUGAUUAGAUAGAUCUACAGAGGAUCAGUGAUUGAUAUGAAAUUCAGAUUUUUAAUAUUGUUUUGUUGGUAACUCGGGAACAGAAGUGUCACUCUUACUGACACCGAUUCACUGCUGGCAAUAUAAUUCCACGUAUUUUCUUUUUCAACGUGCUUAUUGUCAACAGGGUGGUUUUAAAUCAUUUGGGUCAUAAUGAAGUGCUGAUCAGUAUCUGAAUUACUGUAAGAAGUUAUCGAUGAUAAAACAGCUGAAAGAGUUCUUCCGUACACCUGCUAAGCAUUGAUCUGCAGUGUUAGUUAUAACAAGAGGCAAAUUAUUAAUAGAGGGCCUGUGGAGCAAAGGAUCAAUUGGAAAUGUCUAGGAAGAAAUGUUUAAAUCACAUUUAGGAUGAAUAAAGUGUUGUAACACUAAGCAGCUUCCGGUAAAUCUGAUACUCCUCUCCCUCAGGGUGGUGCUGCUUUAUGGCCACAACAUUUUUAAACAAAAAAUAAAAUUGUGCACUUUGGUGACUUUAAUUGGGAAACUCUGAAUGAUUCAAGGGUCUAGAACAUGCGUCUUUAGACAGAGACGUGGGUCAUGGGUUCAUUUUAAACUUGCUUCUCUGUGCAGUGCCACAUUAUGUAUAUGGUAUCUUUUAAAUAUUUUCCUGUGAAUAUAAUGAAACCUAUGUUUACUUCCCUUUCAUUGUAAUUUAUUAACAUUCCUAUCUGUGCAAUAUUAUUGAGGAAAUUGUAGCUCAGUGAUGAAGCAUGUUAUUGAUUAAAAUUACUUAAUGUAUUAUCACCAUCUGAAAUAUCAAUGGGGAUUAAAAUUCUGUAUGUAUAAAAUGAUGUAAUUAAUAUAUUAAAUAUUUGACCUGC